AUGGCAGCGUUUCAUGAGGUGGAGAUCAAGGACUUCCAAUAUGACGAGGUCUUGGAGAUGUACUUCUACCCCUGCCCGUGUGGGGAUAACUUCUGCGUCACCAAGGAACAUACGGAGAAUGGGGAAGAUGUGGCAACGCGCCCCGGCUGCUCUCUCAUUAUAAAAGCGAUCUAUGACAAAGAUCGGUUUACAUGUGGCGGGACAGUCCCAGCCCCUCCCCCCAACGAAGAACUAGUUAAAUGCCGAAGACUCAGGACUCCAGAGCCUCAACUUUGGGGAAGGAGCCAAGCUGGGAAAAUCAAACGCCACGUCACCGGCUUCUUCACGGGGACAAUCCUUGUGCAAUUUGCUGUUUGUUAG